UGCUUAACGGUCCCUGGCGCCCCUGUUGCAGGCUCUGCGGCGCGGUGAUCCGCACGCGGAGAGGAAGUUUAGGCGGGACUCGGGGAGACCUAGGAAACCUGGAAAUGGUCCGUCCUCGGAUUCCCAACGCCAGCUUUCCUCCUGAGUCACAGCAUCAUGACCGACUAGCCUCCGGGGUGCGUUUCAAACAGACUCAAUAUUUCGACUCAGUGACAUUUGAGGAUGUGGCUGUGAACUUUAGUCUGGAGGAGUGGGCCUUACUGGAUUCUUUACAAAAGAAACUCUACAAAGAUGUGAUGAGGGAAACCUUCAGCAACCUGGCCUCCAUAGGGGGAAAAUGGGAAGAUCACGAAAUUGAAAAUCAGUACAAAAACCAGGGGAGUAAACAUAGAAGUCAAAUGGUAGAGAGGAGCUGCAAAAGGAAGGAGGAUAGUCAAUGUGGAGAAAACUUAACCCUUAUUCCAAAUCUCAAUCUGAUGAAAUCUCUUCCUGGAGCAAAACCAUGGGAAUACAGUGCGUGUGGUGAAGUCUUCAUGCAUCAUUCAUUCCAUGAUAGGUACAUCAAAUGUCAAACUAGACACAAGACCUCUGAGAAUCAGAAAUAUGGAGAGAAACCAUAUAAAUGUAGUAGAUGUGGGAGAGCCUUCAUUUAUAUUCAGUUGUUUGAAAAACAUGAAAGAAAUCACAAUGGAGAAGAAUCUAAUAAAUGUGAGGAAUGUUGGAAAGCCUUCAGGUGGCUCAAAAGCCCUCAAAGACACAUGAUCAAACAUACUGCAGAUGCUCCUUAUAAAUGUAAGGAGAGUUUGAAAACCUUUAGUUCUUCAGUUUUUCUUCAAACAUGUGAGAGAAGCCACAUUGUAGAGAAGCCCUAUCAAUGUAAACUCUGUGGAAAAGCCUUCCGAUAUUAUAAAAGUUUUCAAAGACAUGAAAGGAAUCACCCUGGAGAGAAACCCUAUGAAUGUAAAAAAUGCAAUAAAGCAUUCAGGUAUCCCAGUCAUCUUCAAAUACAUGAAAGAAUUCACACUGAAGAGAAACCCUAUGAAUGUAAGCAAUGUGGAAAGACCUUCAGAUCUUACAGUUCCUUACAACCACAUGAAAUGACUCACACAGGAGAGAAACCCUAUGAAUGUAAGGAAUGUGGAAAAGCAUUCAGAUAUUACAGUUCCUUACAAAUACAUGAAAGGUCUCACACUGGAGAGAAACCCUAUGACUGUAAAAAAUGUAGCAAAGCAUUCAGUGCUCCCAGUUGUCUUCGCAAACAUGAAAGAAUUCACAGUGCAGAGAAACCCUAUGGAUGUAAUGAAUGUGGAAAAGCCUUUAGAUUUUAUAGUUCCUUACAAACCCAUGAAAGGACACACACAGGAGAGAAACCCUAUGAAUGUAAGCAAUGUGGAAAGGCCUUGAGAUAUUACAGUUCCUUGCAAAUUCAUGAAAGGAUACACACAGGAGAGAAACCCUAUGAAUGUAAGGAAUGUGGAAAUGCAUUCAGAUGUAACAGUUUCUUAAAAAUACACAAAAAAUCUCACACUGGAGAGAAACCCUAUGAAUGUGAAAAGUGUAGUAAAGUGUUCAGUACUCCCAGUAAUCUUCGAAUACAUGAAAGAACUCACACUGCAGAGAAACCCUAUAAAUGUAAGGAGUGUGGAAAAGCCUUCAGAUACUAUCGUUCCUUACAAACACAUGAAAGGACUCACACAGGCGAGAAACCCUAUGAAUGUAAACAUUGUGGGAAAGCCUUCAUUUGUCGCACCACCAUUCAAAGACACAUGAAAAUGCACACUGGUAAAACACCGUAUCAAUGUAAGGAAUGUGGGAAAGCAUUCACUUGCCUUAGUUUAUAUCAAAGACACGAAAGAACUCACACUGGAGAGAAACCCUAUGAAUGUAAACAAUGUGGAAAAGCCUACAGAGAUCACAGUUCCUUACAAAGACAUGAAAGAACUCACACUGGAGAGAAACCCUAUGAAUGUAAGGAAUGUGGGAAAGCCUUUAUUUGUAACAAAAUUUUUCGAAUACACAUGAUGAGAGUGCACACUACAGAAAAACCAUAUAAAUGUGAAGAAUGUGGGAAAGCCUUUAGUCAUCCCUAUUCCUUUCGAAGGCAUGAAAGGACUCACUGGAUAAAACCUCUUGAAUGUAAAUAGUGUGGGAAAGACUUCAGUUGGCCCACAUCCUUACAUGUGAAAACUCCCACUGAAAAGAAAUAAAAAUGCAAAUAACAUGAGAAGGAUAGACAUAAUCCUAUUUAAUGAAGAUGGAAUAUGGAAAUUGACCAUCACUUUGCGACAAAGAUGGCAGUGCCCAUAGCCAAU